AUGGAUAUUGUAUACUGGCUCUGCUUAUUCCUGGGUAUGAUCUGCAGUUUGAUACCAUGCUAUGGACACCCACAGCCAUGCCGUAUCCUUGCACGUAUUGGGCACACAGUCCGCCUUGGUGCCCUGUUGCCCUUAGCAGGACAGUCUCAGAGCAGGAUACAUAAUUUUCUUUCCCGGAUCAGCCGUAGCAGUUUGCUUCCCUAUAACCUGAGUCUGGAGGUGGUCUCUGGAGCUCCUCGGGAAAGAGAUCCAGCAUCACUGGCUCGAUGGCUAUGCCAAGCAUUAGUGGCACAGGGGGUGGCAGCGGUUCUUGCUUUCCCGCAGUCACAGGAGGAGCUGCUCCAGUUGGAGUUCCUGUCCAGUUUUUUGGAGGUUCCAUUCCUCAGUAUCCUUGAAAAGGAGCAGAUCAUGCCAAUGCCUACCAAGAAUCCCUUCCACCUUCGAAUGGACACCAGAGGCUCAGCACAAGCUCUUAUGGAAGUUCUGAGCAGUGUUCUACAAAACAGCAGUGGGGAGGAAAUGACCCUCAUUACCUGCUAUCCUUGGGACAGUGCCAAUAUACUGGACUACCUAACCACAAACACUACUCUAGUGACCCAAGCGGUGCUUAGUAUUCACACCCUGGAUGAUUCUUCUGUAGCUACUUACCUGCAGCAGCAAUUUGAGACCUUAAGUGAUCCUCAUGCCCCCUUGCUACUUCAUGGGUGUGAUGCCCGUCGUUCCUCUCUAGUUUUUCAUGCAGCAAGGGAGUUUGGAUUGAAAGCACAUGAGUUUCACUGGAUGAUAGGACAUCCGCUUAAUGUGGAAGAAAUGCAGACAUAUGGAAUGCCAUCAGGACUGCUAGCUUAUGGUGAAGUCAGUCGACCAAGCUUGGAAAAAUUUAUAAGGGAUGCUGUUGGGCUUGUUACGAGAGCUAUUUCGAGUGCUGUUCGGGUAAGACCAGAUCUUGCACUAAUACAGAGCAUGAGGAACUGCAAUGACAAGCAUGCAGUAAACAGUGAGUCUUCUGGCGUGUACCUGUCCAGGUUUUUAGCCAAUACAUCCUUCACUGGACAAACAGGACAUGUUUAUGUUAUGGACACCAAUAUUAUCCACACUGAUCAUCACUACAAAAUUUGGAGUUUAGUACGGGACUCACUGGGGGAUCCAACUUGGGUUACUGUGGGUGCCUGGAAUGAAGGCAAGUUGGAGGUGGAAGAGGGUUUAUGGCAAAAGCGCAUACAGCAGCAGCGAGAACCGCCAGCAGAGGUGUCUACACGUACAAAGCUCAGAGUGGUUACACUAGUUGAGCACCCCUUUGUGUUUACUCGAAAGGUGGAUGCAGAUGGCAGUUGCCCAGCUGGCCAGAUGUGUCUUGAUCCGCGGACAAACAGCACUGCUUUGCUCAACAUACUCUUUGAAGAGCUCAACUCACCAAAUGGCUCAGUGCCUUUUGAAUACAAGACUUGCUGCUAUGGCUACUGUAUUGACUUGCUGGAAAAGCUAUCUGAGGACUUGCAGUUUGAAUUUGAGCUGUACAUUGUUGGAGAUGGGAAAUAUGGGGCGAGAAAGGGCGAGCGCUGGACAGGAUUAGUUGGAGAUUUACUGAGUGGAGCUGCCCACAUGGCUGUCACAUCCUUCAGCAUAAACUCUGCACGUAGCACUGUUAUAGAUUUCACCAGCCCAUUUUAUUCAACCAGUUUGGGCAUCCUAGUUCGUAUGCGAGACACUGCUUCCCCAAUUGGAGCAUUCAUGUGGCCAUUGCACUGGACAAUGUGGGUAGGAAUAUUUGUUGCCUUGCACCUCACCGCAUUGUUCCUUACCUUCUACGAGUGGAAAAGUCCAUUUGGGAUGACGCCCCAUGGCCGCAACCGUUUGAAGAUCUUCUCCUAUUCUUCUGCUCUUACCCUUUGUUAUGCCAUCCUCUUUGGGAGGACUGUGUCUAGUAAAACUCCCAAAUGUUGCACAGGUCGAGUUCUCAUGAACCUCUGGGCCAUUUUCUGUCUUCUUGUACUGUCCAGCUAUACAGCAAACCUGGCUGCAGUGAUGGUGGGAGACAAAACCUUUGAAGCUCUAUCAGGAAUCCAUGACCCUAAGCUCCAUCACCCUUCUCAGGGCUUCCGCUUUGGUACAGUGUGGGAAAGCAGUGCAGAGCAAUAUAUAAAGAAAAGUUUUCCCGAAAUGCACAACUACAUGCGCAGAUUCAGUGUCCCGUCUACAUCAGACGGGGUGCGUAUGUUGAAGACUGAUCCACCGAUACUCAAUGCUUUUAUCAUGGAUAAAGCCCUACUGGAUUAUGAAGUAUCCAUUGACUCUGACUGCAAACUGCUCACAGUGGGAAAACCCUUUGCUAUAGAAGGUUAUGGAAUUGGGCUGCCCCAGAACUCACCUCUAACGUCAAACAUUUCAGAGUUCAUCAGUCGCUACAAAUCGUCUGGAUUCAUGGAUACACUCCAUGACAAGUGGUACAAAAUGGUACCCUGUGGAAAGAGGGUCUUUGCUGUGACUGAGACGCUCCAGAUGGGUAUAUAUCAUUUUUCCGGCCUGUUUGUUCUCCUUUGCAUUGGAUUCUGUGGGUCACUCCUCACUUCACUUGGCGAGAGGGUAGUCUUUUAUCUAAUUCUGCCCCGUAUCAGGAGGAGGCGCAGAUUUAAAUACUGGCUUCAUACCAGUCAGAAAAUUCAUCGAGCUUUGAACACAAACUGUGAAAAUGACAAUGUGCAUCCACCUAAGCCGGACAAACGCUGUAACCUUCAGAAAGAUGUUCCAGCUGAGCCUCAGUCUGUUUGGAACAACUUGAGACGGACCCCUAUCCGCCAGGAGAAGAGAGUACACUUUAAGCUGGAGAAUGCAAAUAUCAAGGAUAGUCCAUGUGAGAAUGGACGGGGUAACAAAGAGAAGGAACUGAAAGAGCUGGAGAUGAAGAUUGAGGCUAUGAAGGACCAGCUGAGAGUGGCUCUAGUCAGGAAAAGUGAGCUGAUGGUGAUCUUGCAGUCCCCCUGCACCACUCCUACCAAACUGGGCGACAGAUGAUACAUCUAUUUACUAUAAUGAAAUUCUGACCAUUAUUAUAUCUUGCAAUGUAUUUUUUUACUCCUUUUAAUGAAGAUUGGCAGGUAGUUCAUCUAUAAAUGAUCAAUACCGUUUCAUGAGAUGAUAGAGCAACAUAAGUAGACCAGAUCCAUUACGUACCAGGUCAGGUUUCAAGAAGGUUCACGUAUUUUUUUUUAAGGUGACAAGUGGGCAAACACCUUAUCCCAGGAGCUGUAAGGGAUCUUGGUAUGUGUUAGGUCCAUCAUACAAAUAAUAUCCCUGAACUCACAGUAAAAAGAAUGUUGCAUGUUGAAUGGGAUGUUACUGAAAGCGACCUCAUUGCCUGGUAGCGCACAACAUAUAUUAUUAGUUCAAAGAUAACA